CGUCAAUAUUAGUUCUAGGCUCCGUGUCAAAUUCUCGAUAAAAACACAUCAAACCCUGGCCGGAGCUAAAUUCAGCGGUUUGGACCCCGGCCUAAAUAAUAGCCGAAAUUCAGGGAUUAGAACUAGAGGAUUGAUUACCUCGCUGCAGGAAGCUCGUAUAUGAAAUUUGGGCUCAAUCCGGCUUCCGGAUACUCCGAAACCCUAAUUUGGCUUAUCGGGAAUUCAAGAAAUUUCUGAACCAAAAACUUGUUUUAAAGCUCUAAAUCGAUAAAUUACGAUGAAUAGAUGAAUUAGGCAUUACUUACGGGAUUUUUGGAUCACUUAUGCUCAAGAAUCGAGCUACCGAACUUUUUCCCCGGAGCUCUGCCUGAUGCUCUGCUUCUCCGUUUACUCUCGGUGGGGAAAUGGAAAAUGAUGAUGAGAAUUGGAAAGAAAGUGACGGGAAUUAUAUGUCGACCGCAUUUAUAUAUAUUUAUAUAUAUAUAUAUAAUUAAUACGUAUACUUAUCCGAUCGAUCGAUAAUCCGAUUUUCGUCGAAAUAGUGUCGAAAUGCUCGAUUUUAAAUCGCGAACUUUCUAGCGAUCGAAAUACGAUUUUAGCUGAAACGGGAUGUUACAAUGCAGUCGACAUUUAUGUCAUCUUUAGCCAAUGCAUGGAAAGUACUCCCAUAUUUUUGUGCUUGGUCAAGCAUGUUGCUCCUCUCGUCAUAUUCUUGGAAUAUUUUUACAGGAGUGUUUGUUAGUAAUGGUGAUAGCUUUCUAGCUUGUAUUUGAUAAGGAAGAUUCAGGAUAACAAAAGUUGAGAAGAGUACACAUGUGAUCAUCUGAAUUAGGAGAACCCAUUAAUCAGAUUCUUUUAUAUUUGCAGGAAACCAGGAUCAAAAGAGACUGAAAGGUAUAAUGACGAGUUAUAAUUGUGUCUCUCUGUUACUAGUGUGGGAGAUGUGAAUCCACCAUUAUGCUAGUAAUAAGUUUAUAGGGAUUGACUCACUUCUACUGUCACUCUAGGAAUUAGCCAAGUGAAACCACUUCCUAAGGCGUAGUAUAGCGGGUUUGGAUUUAAAUGUCAACCCGGGUCCUAGAUUUGAUGACUACUCGGUGAAUUCUUGUUAUCUAGCAAUGAAACUUUAAUGCAAGUCUAAACUAACAAACAAACAAAGCAAGUAAAUGGUUGUAUUCAGGUUAAGAAAGGUCACCCGGAUAUGGUUCCCACUAAACUGCAGUUAAGCCGGAUUGCAAUUACCAAGUUCAGUUUCUAUGAUAGUUAUACUGCGGAAGGUUCUUAAACAGCCUGAAGUCUCGACUAAAGGUCUUCAGACCCUCUCAACCUGAGUCUCUAGCGGGCGACUAACCUCCACCGGAGUAAACAGAUUGAGGCCCUACGAACAAAACCUCCACUACCGAAGUGAAUUCGGUACAGAAUAGUGAGUUGGCUCCUCGACUAAAGUCACCAACUCCCUACCUCCAAUCAAGGGUGCUCUAUUAACCUAGGCAGAUAUUCUCAUUCUAGGUUAAAGCAGAAACAACAGGAAUUUGAUCAGGAUUCAUGCCAUUCAAUCAAUCAAACCUCAAUUGAAUAUAAUCAAAUCAUAGAAUCAGUACUUGGGUUCAUACAAUCAAACCUAACAUACAAAUCUAGGGUUCUCCAUACCCAGAUGAAUGGGAGAACUACUCCAUGGAGAAGAAGCAAAAGCAGAAUCAGACGCGGAAUUCAUACUGUGAAGGAUGGAUUCCUGCUCCUGGACGUUGAUUGGCACUCCUCCAAGCUCAAGCCAAGCUCCAAUGGUGAUGAAGAUCAAGCUAGGGCACUUGGAGACUCUUGUUCGUCGCUUUCUCUCUCUAGGAAUCGCUCUGUCUCUCUAAAACUCGAAUCCCCUUCUGUUUUGGCUGAAAUCUGCUUAAAAGGGCAUCACUGGGCAAAGCACGGUCGAGGGCACGGCCGUGCUUUGCUCCAGCCCGCCCGUGUUUUGGCAAGGUUGAAUUACACGGCUAGAAUGUCGGGAGAAACACGGCCGUGCUUUGUCUCAGCCCUGCUCGUGUAAUCAGCUCGUGUUUGCCAAACUCAAAUCAGCUCUCGGCAGUAAAAGCACGACCUAUGAACACGACCGUGUUCUGAUUUAGGUGUGCACGUGUUUUGGCUCUAGCUCCACCGAAUGACUUCCGAAUGCCCCGAAACUCGUGCUUAGCCUCUCCUUUGACGCCUGGGACCUGAAAUAUGACAAAAUAGCACAACCCGGCGUAAAAUAGGCCAAAAAUACACGACUAUGCCCCUCAAACGGAUAAGAACUAGGGGUGCAAAUACGUGCAAUUACAUCGUUAUCAAAUUCCCCCACACUUAACCGUUUGCUUGUCCCCAAGCAAACCUAACUCAAACCAAUGCAACUCUCCAGACCUCUAUAGCAACAAACAACCUAGAUCGUAGGUAGAGGACUUCCUAGAUCAUUUAGCAGCUUACGAGGUCAACCGACGCACAAGUCAUCUCAUAGCUUCUUCGGCGAGAACGCUAGUCUCGAGUCGGCAUCAUGGCAAAUAGUGAGCAGAGGACAAAUGAAUCAUGGACGAAUGG